AUGUCUUGGGAACGUAUGAGCAAAAUAAUCGACAGAUAUGAAAAACUAUCUUUAAAUCAAAUAAGAGAUUUGAAACAGCUUCAAAAAAUUGUCAUAGAAAGAUCAAAUCAAGAUAAUGUGACAGUGAGAGAGCAGAUUCAAUCAUUGGAAGAACACCUUUUGAAUGGCUUAGCUCAGCUAUUUUCAUCUCGAAACAAUCUGGAAGACGAGUUUCAUGAUUUAUUUGAUCAAAGAUUAGAACCUAUCAGAUCUCAAAUUCAAUCCACAGUUGCUAUCAAUAAAACUCUACCGUCGUUAAACUUGAAAGGGAAUGAUGUGUAUGAUAGCUUCAAAGAAUUGGAUAAUCCGUAUGAGUUCGAGAGUAAAAGGUAUGCUAGACAAAGUCUAUCAGAGAUGAAGUUUAUGGAAGAUCAAAUCAAAGAAGCGAAGGAGAAAGCUGAAGCGACAUCGAGACUCGAACAAGAUAUGCAUGCCUUGGAGGAUAUAAUGGUUGAACUGCAUACUUUAGUUUAUCAACAAAACGAAGUUAUUGAUUCAAUUGAAGAACAUGUUGAAAGAGCGAACCAUGAUGUUCAGAGAGGUAAUAAUCAACUAAAGAGAGCGGUUCAGCAUAAAGCAGCUAAAUUACCACUGUUGACUGCUGUUGCGGGAGGUGUCGCUCUAGGAGGUCCAGUAGGAUUUUUCGCUGGUUCUGCGAUUGCUGGUCUCACUGCCAGUGUUCUAGGAGCUGUUGUUGGGGUGUUUGGUGGGAAACAUGUGAAAAGAGCUGCUACCGAAAACUAA